CCCUCUAUAGCCGUGAGAAUGGUAUCUCCCACAGACAGCUCUUACCCUCCCUAAGUCUGAUUUAUCUCUACUGCUAGGAAAUAUCUCAGCGUGUUGUGUGAAGUGUGUAAGCUUCUGCUCGAUUACUGAUUGGAAUCUAGCAGGAACGUGACCGAAACGCCUUUCUGCUGUUUCUUCUUGUUCUUCCAUUUCCAAUGUUUCUGUGGUUAAGACCAUGGCCUCUCAGUCAGGGUAAGCAGGAGCGCAGUGGGCUUUUACUUUCAGACGUGUUCUUCUGCCACUAGUGUUGACAGACUUGUAGACCGACCACAUCCUCCGUCUUUAACGAUAAGGUCAUUAAAGGGAAGGUGGUGAUGUCUGAGGGUUUGAACUUGUUCUGAAGCUGCUGGGGUUAGUGUAGCGUGGAGCCAUUUUCUGUUUUGUGUUCAGUAGAAUAAUCUCGAGUGAUGAGUGAUGUAUUUCAGUCAUGGACAGCGUGCGGUGUCAGGUUCCUGUACACGGGUCAGGCUGAGGAUUGACGUGAAAUGGCUUCUCUUUACAUAAUCACUGUUUUCAUUUCAAUACUUAGUGUUCUCCUAUAAAGGAUGUAAUUAAUAUUGUUAUUAAUAGUAGUACUACCACUAUUACUACUACUACUACCUCUGUUACUAAUAAUAAUAGUAGUAGUUUGUGCUGCAGUAAAUCAUUUUGUGUCAGCGUCACAGUCAGGGUUGUAAAGGUCCCGUCUUUAGCGCUGUUCGGAUUGGAUUCGUUUAUCAGCAGGACGUCUGUGAUCAAUUUUAUACACGUCUCCUCAGUGAUAAAACUCUCGCUUCCAGACAGCAAUAAAAUGCCCCACAGGAGCAGAGAGUUUCUAACUGGUUGUAGUUUCUACAAACCUGGAUGUUUGUGUCACAUGGUCAUGUGAUCACACUCCAAGCAGCCGAAGAGGCGAUGGCGUAAAGAUGGAGUAAAGACGUGAUGAGGCUUUACUGCUCAGACUGUGUAUCCGGCCAAGCGCCUCUUCUAUAGCAUCCAUUGUUCUUUUUGUGGAGAUAAACACCAACAUGUCCAAUCCAGACGGAAAUAAAAUCACAGACGAGCUCGUGUAAAACAGAAAUGACCCCAUGUACAUUUAAUCCUGUCCGAAUAGGGCUUUAGUCUCUCUUUUUUUUCUCCAUUGUUUUUAUUUAUUUUUUAUUUUUUCCCCAUUUGCCAGUUGAACAAUUGAGACCUGUUUCACAAUGACCGUGUUGUCGUAUCCGGUAUUGAACCUCAGCGCUUGCAGUUUCCACUUUGCAGAGAUUUGUGACUGACUGCGAAUCCGAUAUUCCGGAUUAAGCGAAGCGGUGAACAGCUAGCUAUAUUUUUCUCACACUUGGAUAGCUAGCUAUUUUGUUUAAGUUUAUUAGCUGUUGCUAAUAAACAAAACGCUGAUAAUCUAGUUAGCUAGCGUUGGGAACAAUCAGAGCAGGUACAAGGUUGCGAUGAAAAGCAUCACUUUAUAGUAUUUUAAUGUUUUUAUAUAAAGUUAUUUCGGUUUUCUGGAGGAGGAACAGUUGUGUAGUCGGAGUCAGGAGCUGGAGCUACACACACUGCUAGCUUUCCUGAAAAACAUUUCACAACAGAUGUUUAAUCUGUCCGUUCAUGUAGAGAGUGUGCAGUUCCGUGUUUCAGGCGUUACAGCCAGUGGUUUUACAGGACGCACAUCUCGUCCCGGCGAAGAGCACAGAGCCGUUUCCUCCUCACAAACUCGUCCGUGUGAAACGAGUGAAAGAUCAGGUUCGGAUGUUUGCAUGUUUACGCCGCGGUGAUGGUGAGCUGCGUUUCCUGUCGUCGUUCUUCCCUCUCUCACCUGAAGUUUGGAAACGUUACUACUUACGCUUCUGCGUUCAUAAACACGGACACGCUCAGUUCUGGGAUUUUAAGGGAUCAUGUAUACGGUGUACAUUUAGACUGGCUAGUUUUUGGAUCCGUCAUCAUGAUGGAUGAGCUUCAGAAUUUUCCGUUAGUGCUUUUAACGUUGUGUAAAUGACGAUAAAUUCUUUAACACGUUCUCUGACUAUACUGUCAGUUAUUAUUAUUACAGCUAUAAAUAAUAAUCAUGAUCAAUUCUUUAUGAGUAUUAUUAUUAUUAUUCCAUUGAAGAUGUAAUCAAAAGUGAAUCCUUCAUUAGCAUAAUUUCGUUCAUUAAUUAAAAGUGAACGUAUUAAUCAGCAGGUGAGAUUAGUCAGCUUUAUGAACGUACACGGCGAACUGGCUUUCGGGUCAGCAGGUGAUUUUGAUCCUGAGGAUAACGGAGCUGAAACGUCAUGCUUUCUGAAACCGCGAUGUGACCGAGAGCCUCUUCAGUUUGAUUCGCUGAACUGUUCAUGUGUCUGAUGUGCGUCAUUAAUCAGACGCUCUUCUACGGUAGACACGUACAGCAGAGACAGAAGUGCUCUGGGCUCCUGAACGCUGGGCUCCUGAGAUAUAACGAUUUAAUCUACACUGACGCCAUGUCCAGUGACCUUCACUCUGAUUAUUGUUAUUAUUAGUAGUAUAAUAUUAUAUUAUAUUAGCAGACCUGCUGAUGUUUACACACUUUGGAGCUCCGCAGUUUAUCAUCGGAGUACGCUAGUACGAGUUCUCACUCAAUAAUACUCCAGAAGAGCGGUCUGUUUCUCCCCAAUAAAACGGGAGACGAUCCAUUCGACAUGAAUCUGGAAUGAUUGACAGUUGCGUGGGUGUUCUGAACUCUCCGCUAUUUACCGGAAGCCCCGCCCCCUUUCCCUCCAUCUCACACGCUCUUGAAUCGCAGCGUUCUCGCUUUCUGUCACACAAUAAACGGAGAAUGUUUUAGUUAUUAGUUUUCGUGAUUGUCUCUGCCUGGUAAGCAGUUCCUGACUGCACAGCUAGUAAUAUUAACUGGUUUAAAUGAGGGAUAGAUUCAUACACUUCAAAUUUAUAUCUUUAUUUCUGUAAAGCUGCUUUGUGACAAUGUCUGUUGUUAAAAGUGCUAUACAAAUCAAACCGAGUUGAAUUGAAUAUUGUUACUCCUCCUCUACUCUCCUUACACCUGAGGGAAAAAUCUAAUUCACGCAAGGCUUCUGUCCACGUCAGAUGAACCAACAUGAACCGUGAAGACCGGAAUGUGCUCCGUAUGAAAGAAAGAGAAAGGAGAAAUCAAGAAAUCCAGCAGGGAGGAGAGGCCUUUCCAGCCAGCUCCCCCCUCUUUCCCGAACCUUAUAAAGUGUCCAGCAAGGAAGAUAAACUCUCGAGUCGCAUCCAGAGCAUGCUAGGAAACUACGACGAAAUGAAAGAAACCAUCGGUGAACCUCCCAUGUCGAAACUCCUGGCCAAAGGAUCGAGCUCUUCCUCGUCAGAGGAGAAGUCUCUGUACGCCGAGCAGCGGGGCGGAGUCAGCCAGAAUCAGAGCAACAAAUGGACUCCUAUCGGUUCAACCUCCGGAACCUCUUCCUCAUCUUUAUCCAAGUCCCAGAACCGCUCAGGUUCGUCCAAUCAGAGCAGCCACGGCACUAGCCAGCGCAGCGGUGCUAACAGCCAGCGGCACGAACGCGACUUUAGUAGCAAGAAAUCCAGCAAACAUGAGCACAAGGGCUCCACGAACUCGAGCGGACACUCGCGCUCGCUAACGGCCGAGCAGCACGGCAAGGAGCGCUACCACUCCAAAUCGCCCAGAGACCGCGAAGCCAACUGGGACUCGCCGUCCAGAGUGCACUCCUCCUCUUCUUCAUCAUCCGCCUUUCCCAGCGGGCAGCACUCAGGCCAGGCUUUUCCUCCCUCACUCAUGUCCAAACCGGGCUCCAUGCAGCAGAAGCCCACUGCUUACGUCAGGCCUAUGGAUGGCCAGGAGACGGCCGAGCCCAAGACCUCCUCGUCCUCCUCCUCUUCCUCCUCGGAGUCGUAUGGAGGCCAGUCACAUGGCAGCAGCGUCGGAGAGAUGAAGGCCAACGGCAAAGCGUCGCUCGCCAAGCUCAAGAUCCCGGCACCGGUAGAGGGAGCUCUGACAGGAGACGUGAGCUGUGUGGAUGAGAUUUUAAAGGAAAUGACCCAGUCCUGGCCUCCUCCGCUCACAGCCAUCCACACCCCCUGCAAGACUGAGCCUUCAAAGUUUCCUUUCCCGACAAAGGAAGCCCAGCACGGUUAUGGAGGACUCAAAAAAAGCAUCUCAGGAAAAGGCUCGUCUGCCGCGCAGCAGGCCAAGGCAUGCGAUGGAGACCAGUCCAACAUGCUUCAUGACGAUCUCAAACUCAGUAGCAGUGAAGACAGCGAUGCAGAACAGGAGUCUGCUAAAAGAAAUACCUCAGCAAGUAAUAAUAACAGUGAAGUAGCUGAGAGAGAGGACUCCAGUAGCCACAGUGGCUCAGAGAGCAGCUCUGGAUCUGAAAGUGAGAGUGAGAGCAGCUCUACGGACAGCGAGGCCAACGAGCCGCCCCGCGCUGCCUCACCUGAGCGAGAGCAGCCCCCAGCUAAUAAGUGGCAGCUGGAUAACUGGCUAUCCAAGAUGGAGGACCGAGAGAGCAGCGCUGCUCGGGGUUACAACGGCAGCCAAGGGCCCAAAGACUCUGCCCCUGCACCGGGCCGGGACCAGCGGGCCACGCAGAAGGGCUCGGAGAGCGGCCGGGGGAGGCAGAAGUCUCCAGCGCAGAGCGGUGAGGGUGGUGGCACUGCCAGUCAGAGGCGCUCGGUGGGCAAAAAGCAGCCCAAAAAGUCCGAGAAGCCCGCUGUGGCAGAGGAGCCGAAAGGCAGCCUGAAGGUGGAGAGUGAGCCUCGGCCCGAGACGCCUCAGCACCGCGCGAGAGCGCCCAACAAGGGACCGCGCAAACCUGCUGCGAAGAAAGAGCCCAAGAAAGAAGUGCGGGCCCCUCCGGAAAAGCGCAAAUCCAAGCCACAGGGCAAGCAGAAGUCGCGCGAGUUUGUGGAAACGGAGCCGUCGUCGUCCUCUGACUCAGACGAGGAAGAAGAGGAAAGUGCUCCAUCUUCCUCACACACUCCAAAGUACGCCCCCCACGUUUUCUCCCCCAUGGAAGAGAAAGACCUUCUCUCACCGCUUAGCGAGUCUGACGAGAAACUAGCGGCGCCCAGGCAGCUGCUCGUCUCUAUCGAGCUCAGCCUGCUGAGCCGAGUGCCGGGCCGGGUUUAUAAAGACGCAGAGGUGAAGGUGGAGCGGGACUCGGCUAGCGACGGCAAAGAGUUCCAGAAACAGCCGGCGGAAAAUAAAGCCAAUAAAGGCAAGAGGAAACACAAGAAUGAUGACAGCCUUAAACCAGAAAACAAGAAGUCCAGGACGGAAGAGAAGUCUUCGCACCAUAAACCGAAUAAGGAGUCGUCGAAGCGUGUUGUGGAUAAGGAUAAAGAGCCUGUUCCAUCUCCUUCCCUGACCCUUCAGCGCACGCCCAAGUCUGAGCACCAGGGUCGCAAACGCACGGUCAGUCAGUCGUCCAGCUCGCUGCCCAUCAGCACCAGCAGCAAGGACGUCGUCAAGAACAGCUCCGGCUCCAAACACCGCAAGGGCGAGGACAAACAGAGCCGCAGCAGCAGGGACACCAAGGAUAAAAGCUCUAAAACAGAGAAUCAGCUGGCUGUUCUUCCUCUCUCCUCAGACAGCUCCAAGAGGUCCAAGCUGCACUUUGAGGACCGGGUUCAUUCAGCCGACCAUUACCUCCAAGAAGCUAAGAAGCUGAAACACAACGCAGACGCUCUGAUGGACAGAUUUGAAAAAGCGGUGUAUUACCUGGAUGCUGUGGUCUCCUUCAUCGAGUGUGGUAAUGCGCUGGAGAAGAGUGCGCAGGAAGCCAAGUCCCCUUUCCCCAUGUAUGCUGAAACUGUGGAACUCAUUAAGUACACUAUGAAGUUAAAGAGCUAUAUGGCACCAGACGCUACCUCAGCAGACAAAAGGCUGGCAGUGUUGUGCUUGAGAUGUCAGUCUCUCCUUUACCUGAGGCUCUUUAAACUGAGGAAGGAAAGUGCACUGAAGUACUCGAAGACACUCACUGAACAUUUGAAGAAUUCAUUGAGUAAUACUCAGGCGCCGUCUCCUGGGAUGGGAAAUAAAGCGGUCGGAAUGCCAUCCCCAGUGUCGCCCAAAGUGUCUCCCGGCAGCGCGGGCAGUUACUCCUCCAGCAGCUCCUCCAGCCAGAGCGGCAGCUCCUCCGUCACCAUCCCACAGCGCAUCCACCAGAUGGCCGCCAGCUACGUGCAGGUCACCUCCAACUUCCUGUACGCCACCGAGGUGUGGGAGCAGGCCGAGCAGCUGGCCCGGGAGCAGAGAGAGUUCUUCACUGAGCUGGAUAAAGCAAUGGGCCCGCUGAUCUUCAACACCAGCAGCAUGACUGAACUGGUCCACUACACACGCCAAGGUCUCCACUGGCUACGGCUCGACGCCAAGCUCGUCUCAUAACACUCUCCCACUUCUUCUUCCUUCUUUUCUCUCCUCCCUUUCUUGCCUUACUCUCAUUUAUUUAAUCUGCCUCAGACAUAUCUGUGACACUGUGUCCAUUAUCAACACCAGCUUGCCAAAAAAUAAAACAACAAACUGAGCAAAGCAACACCGAGCGCUAUUUGGAUAGCCCCGCCCCCUCUCCGCUAGUCGUUCAUGGCGAGGUGACCAAUCAGCGUCUCGUCCCGCUGGAAAACAAAACAAGAAAAGCCAUCUUUAUGUUUAUUUUUGUUUUGUUUUGUUUUAAUCUUGACAGCUGUGAACAACACUUUUUAUGGUAUCUCUCUUCUUUUUUUUUUUUUUUUUUUUUUUAACCAGCGUACCUCCCUUUAACCAAAGGUGCUUUAAAUACUAAGGGUUUGUCCUUCUCUCUUUUUGUGCCUUGUAUAAGAUAUGGAGGAAACUUGUUUGUGCACGCGGGCUGGGCGUGGAACCGGGUUGAAUGGUUAGACAGGAAGUGUGUGAAAUGGGGCAAGGCUGCGGAAUGCUAAUGACUUAAUCCGUAAAGCGAGCAUUCCAUCCGGUGCGCAGAAACGGCGUGGUCGAGCUGCGUCUCGGAGAGAAGUGUCAUAGCGUGCACAAAACAUCAUCCGUCUGCACAGACGCCGAGUCUCGAGCGUCCUCGAGCGUGACGACUCUGAACACGUCAGCGAUGACCGAGGACCUGAAGCAUCACGAGAUUCAUUCCCAGAUCCCCCUCACUCCACUCCUCCGUCGUUUUCCCAUUCUCUUCCUCUUUCACUUGUACAUGGACGGUUUUAUUAUUUUUUUCGGAUCGUAACACAAAGACGUGAUUUCUACUCGCUUUUAGAUUUCUAGAAGAAUCUGUUUAUCCACAGCGUUCCUCUUCCUCCUAAGCACAUGAAUAUUUUAUUACUGCCGCUUCAGUACGUGACCUGGUAUAUAUACACAUACAUAUAUAUAUUUUAUUUAGAUACAGAAAGUUGUCUUUGUCUCAGAAUGACUUUCACUCACAGAAUAAUGCUCUUCUUCUUCUUCUUCUUCUUCUUCUCCAUCUUGAAUACAGGGUUGUAUAAUGGGAUGUAUAUGAAAUUGCCAUAUUUAAGUAUUUAAUAUCAGUCUUGGGAUUUCCUUUAUAGCAUCAUAGUCGAUUGUCUAUUAUAACAAAUCAUUUAACAGGAAGGAGGCGCAUAAGGAAUAUAUUUAUUACACAUGUACUUUAUAUUUAUAGUUUCUACAUACAGUACAGUGCACAGUAUAUUGCAUAUUAAGUCGUUCUGGCCAGAAAAUAUAAGCAGUUUUACUCAUUUAAAAAAAAAAAAAAAAAAAAAAAGCAUAAAAAGUGAAAGUGUAUUUUUCUGUAAGGUUCUGUCCGUGCUGCAGUACGUCUAAGCUGAAAGUGUAAGAGAGGAGGAGGAUUACUAUCUCAUCAGUCUGCAGCGUAUAAAUGCUGGAAAUCUACCAUCUUUUGCACUAGAAAUGUUUUUUUUUAUUCCGUCGGCUCCCUGUUUUCUCUGUAGGGACAAACUGUUAUUUCUUCUUUACACUCGUUCAGAGUUGAGGAAGAAAUCUGUCUAUGCAGACUUUUUUUUUUUUUUUUAAACAGUUCUCUCCACUAACUCGGGCAGUAGUUCAGCAGUUAUGUCCUCUGUGUUUUCAGAAAGUAUUAAACUAUCGACGUUAAAGUGUGACUUUAGCUACUUCCUCCUGUACACAUGUAUAAUAUAUAAAGUUGUUCUAUAAGCGACAACGCACCCAAAGACGCUCUGCGUUGUUCAGCUGUGCGUGAACUUCUCAGCUUUCUGACACCGAGAAAUCUGCUUCAUGUUUUUCGAGGUUAAAUUGCCAAAACGAUGUUAGAUGGUGGUGUUAUUAUUAUUAUUAUUAUUAUUAUUAUUAUUAUUAUUAUUAGUGAUUCAAUAUCAAACAAAUUGUGCUUUUUUUUCUGGCUUGGAAAGGAAUGUAGCAUUUUUUUUUCCCAGAAUAUUAGCGAGGAGGUGACCAAGAGCUUUGGGUGGAAAUUUUAAGACUCUAUUUUGUAAUUUAGUUGGAAUGAAAUUACAGACCAUCACACAGAGCCUAAUGAUCACGAACAGGGUUUACUUCUCUGCAUACUGAACUUAUGCACUACAUUCAUUAUCAGUUCCAAGGUGAGCAGAACUAUAGCUGAUUCACUGCUGUGGCUCAUUUUUUUAUGUUUCCUUUUUUUUUUUUUUUAAAGCAACAUCUAGCUUUUAUUCCAAUUUUUAGAGUUUGUUUUAAAAUCAAAUAAUAAUUCACAUGUUGUAACUAUAAACCAGGGUAAAACUUUUUUCUGACAUCUUCUACAAAAUGAAAACACUUGCAUGUUUGUAUUUAAAUGCUAAACUGUACAAAUGUACAUAUAACGUCUCUUUUAGGGUAAAUUUUUAUGGCAGUUUAACAUUUGUAUGAAGUUGUAAAUAGAAUGUUAAUAUUAGACUUGUCUUUACUGAACUUCUUCCUCUUUUAUCGACACUGUACAUCAUGAUUUUUUCCCCCAAUCACAUCAAUACUGUGUUUUUUUUUAUUGAAAUCUUUAUCCGUAGUGCUGUUUUAUCACUGAAAUUCUUAGAAACGCUUUGUAUGUUUUAUGUGAUGCUGAUCGUCGUCAUUGAGUUGAUAUUUCGAGUUUUUAAUCCUGUCGAAAUGAGCUGUUGAAAGUGAAAGCUUCAGGACGGCUGUAGCUCAUGUGGUCUUUUGAGAUGUUCGGAGGUGUUUGUGUUCGUUCAGCUGUUCUCUACGUGUUCAUGUUCUACUCAUUUUAGGAUUUACAAAAUGCAGAUUAUUUCUGCAGAAGUUCUGCAGUUUGUUAUAAUCCAAAUCAGUUUAAAGUAUUGAAGAGAUUGAUCAGAGAAAUUUAGAUAUUAUAUAAUGGAUGCAAUAUGAUUUACGAUUUAAAGGUACUCUCAUGAGCCUCGACUAUUCUUAACUUGUAAUUUAAAAAAACAAUUUUUGUGAAGUGAGUAUUACUGAAUACUAAUGGGUUUUCUGAGUCUUUGUAUUUUGCUGUAUUGAGAAUAAAAUAUAUAUGAUUAUUGAA